CCCUCCACGCAUACAGUGUGGACCAUCAUAUCAUAGGCCAUGGCGUGAACGACCCCUGCUGAUGUCAAUUACGCCAAUGACUUCUAUGUCGUUGACUCACGAGCGAUUACAUCAGGGCUCUUGUGCGAGACAGAUGCUCACCGGUCAAGGAGCAACACCGAACGAUCUCAAUCUCAUUACUCCACUGGGUUCUGCAGAGAUUCUCUACGCCAGCCUGGUCGGGGAUUUGCGGUAUGAAAGGUUUGAAGCGUGCGCGCGGCCCAACUAUGCUUUCGCGAAGGAGGUGAAAAGUUUCGCUAGAUUUCGAAAAGGAGAGAUGGUCAUUACAAUCUCGGAGGCGGCAGGAGACAACUUGUUCAAGGUCGUGGUGUCCUCUCCCACAACGGUGGACAUGACAGUGAUGACGCCUGGUGGUCUGGCGAUGUUUUAUCCGGCUUGGACGUUGAGCAAAGUCGCGGUGAUCAACGGCCACAUCCGAGUGGACAACACUGGAGGGCCGCAGGAUAACGUCGGUUGCAUGGCGAAAGACGAGACUGUGACUGACAGGGCAGAAGUUCAUGCACGAGUCGAGUGCAUGGAGAACAACUCCAAGGCUCAGAAUUAUCAAAAUGUCCUGCAAAAUCACAACAUACUGAUCAUCGCCACGAAAAGAAAAAAGAAUCAUAGUCUAGACACACCGGCUGUAAGAAAAGGAAAGACAAACGGGAACAAGGAUGCCGUUCUCAUCACACAGGAGGGCCUGUGGGUUCUCGUCGCCGCAUUCACGAUUGCACCCACUCAGGGAGUGGGUGCAAGCGCAACCAUGGCACAAGCCACCAUACACCCCCCGGCACUGGUGUAG